AUGGCAGACGAGCUGGGGAAAGCCCCGCGCAUCGACCCCGCCGUCGAUGCUGCUGGCGAGACGCACAACGCGGAGAUCAAGAAAGGGCCACGCGAUAGCAAAGGCUGGGACGGCAAGCUACGUAUGGACAAGAGCGUACUGGUCAAUGGAAAGGACCAGGAUGCCGAGAGCGAGGCCGAUGAUGCUUCCGAAGAUGAGGGACCGCCGCCCGAGCAGCUGCCCGCUGACGAAGACUUGCUGGAAGACUACCCUGAAGACGAGGAGGAUAUAGAGCUGGUACACAUGAGAGUAUCGAACAUGGCGGCACUGCGACUGGAGAGAUUCAAGAAGCUCAAGCGCCUCGGUCUCCGCCAGAAUCAGAUUACCAACGUAGAUAUACCGGAAGAUAUCGCCCCGCAGCUCGAAGACCUCGAUUUCUACGACAACCUCAUCUCACACGUCAAAGGCUUCGACGCCUGUAAAGAGCUCGUGCUGCUGGAUCUGUCCUUCAACAAAAUCAAACACAUCAAGCGUAUAAACCAUCUCGCCAAGCUCAAGGAUCUGUUCUUCGUACAAAACAAGAUCAGCACGAUCGAGGGUUUGGAAGGUCUGACCAACCUCCGUCAGGUCGAGCUGGGCGCAAACAGAAUUCGAGAAAUACAGAAUCUCGAAACGCUCACUGGGCUGGAGCAGCUCUGGCUGGGUAAAAACAAAAUUACCGAGCUUAAAGGGCUUGACACCCUUGCCAACCUGAAGAUCCUGUCCAUCCAAUCAAACCGACUGACCUCCUUCGCCGGUCUUUCCAAACUCAAAAAUCUUGAGGAAUUAUACAUUUCUCACAACGCCAUCAACGAGAUAGCCCACCUCGAAGAAAAUACCAAUCUGCGCGUUGUUGACAUCAGCUCUAAUCCGAUCCAACAUCUCAAAGGCUUAGAAAGUUUGGAACACUUGCAAGAAUUUUGGGCAAGCAACUGUCAAUUGGGCGACUUCAACGAGGUUGAGAAGCAGCUGAAGGACAAGGAAGAACUGGAGACGGUGUACUUUGAAGGCAAUCCUCUGCAGAAGUCGCAGCCAGUCCUUUAUCGGAAUAAGGUGCGGCUGGCGUUGCCGCAAAUCCGACAGAUUGACGCUAGUAAGUUGAACGCAUCCCGCCCUGAGAUUUGA